AUUGUUUGUGCAAAGAUGUGCUGAUUGAUGGCUCACAAGCCAGCCCACGAACAAGGGAUUAAUGAUGCAAUGUGCGAAGUGACUGGUGUAUUUUGCUAUGACUUAUUUAACAGUUUCGAGGCUCUCUGUUAUAUUGCUGUGUUUUGUUUGGUUUGGGUUGGUUUAGGUUUUUGAUGGAUGGAUAGCAUUAUUAGAACUUCUACAACAAUACAAUGUUUAGAUGUAAUAACCCUGAAAAGUGUUCCGGAUAGACAACUCACCAAGCAACCACAGUUCUUGAUGGCCACUUUGCCUAUUAGUCUCCUUCACCAUGAGCGAACAAUGGCAAUUUAAUCAAGACAGGGAGUGUUAAUGGAGCUGGAACUAGUCAAUGUGCGAUAAAAAUCAUUUUUAUUGCAUUAUUAGAACUCGUAUGAAAAGGCAUUUGUGUUUGCUGAUGGGCUGUACGCACAAGUUAUACACGCAAGGAAUAAUGUACUAAAGCUGGCCGAUCACAGUCUUUACAGUCCAUGUGGGCAGGACUCAAGGUUAGCUUUUUUUGGAGGUACCAUUCAGGCCUAGCCUACGCUGGCAUUUUAGAUUGACGCUGGAGCGUAAACCAGGAUUGACAAGUGCUGAAUGCUUUGAAUGGGAAAAGGUAGCCAGCCUCAUUUGGUGGACAAACGUAAAACUGGACAGUCUGCUGUCCAAAUUAAAAGCGUAACAGAACGAUUGCAUGAGUUUAUGUUCGAAUAAAUGUGACCUAAACAACGGCAUUUUCUAUUGCACUAUAGAACUCUAUUGCAAACUCGUGUGCUUUUUAUAGCUUGAAGAUGAGAGUGUCAUAAUAUUUGGAACAGUAAACAGGAGCACUCCUCCAAUGCAUACCUGUUAACGCUCUAUUUCCCGUCGCCAUCCGGUUUAAAUAAUUGCACGUAUUUUAACUUUCAUUUUUAUCCUGUUAUUUUCCUUAUUCUUUCCCUUAUUUUCAAAUCCCAAUGUUGACAGGCAUGCUCCCAUGUUGUUUCUAUUCUUAUGUAAAUAAGGCGUCAUACUGUAUAUACCUAGCCCAUGGCCCCCACACCCUCCCGCGCCGCUUACACGCCAGGUCUGCUCAGUCUGGCUUUGCUGAGUUGACCAAGCCAUCUGUCCCCAUUGACAAGAUCCAACGUCUUUUCUGAGGGGCUACGAUCACCUCACACACAGCCGACAUGGACACAAGCAAUCGCUGCAGUGCCAGAGUCAACAGCAAGAUGAGGAAACCUCUGGUGGAGAAGAAACGACGAGCUCGCAUCAACGAGAGUUUACACGAACUCAGGGUUCUCAUGGCGGAUACAGAAAUACAAUCAAAGAUGGAGAACGCCGAAGUGCUGGAAAUGACGGUGAAACGGGUGGAGAGCAUACUGCAAAGCCAGGAUCAAGAAGCGGACGCUGUCAACCGAGAGGCAUGCGAGCGCUUUGCUGCAGGUUACAUCCAGUGCAUGCAUGAUGUGCACACCUUUGUGUCCAGCUCCCCGUGGAUUGACCCCACAGUUGCCGCUGAGCUGCUCAACCACCUCCUGGAGAGCAUGCCCCUGCAUGGUCAGGACCGCAUCCGUGUCACGCUGACUGACGCACUGCUACCUCCUGGUCUUCCGUCUCCUGGGCUGGUAUCCCCAGCCCCAUCCUGCAUCUCCAGCGAUGACCUCUGCUCUGACCUGGAUGACACUGACUCAGAGCAGAGUCAGAUUUCUUCUUCGGAGGAGGUUGAGCUGCACGAUGCUGCUUUAAAUUACUCCAAAUCUGUUUGGAGACCCUGGUAGACUUUUUUUUUUUUUAAAAAGGUCUUCCUAAAUCUGUAUUUGAUGAUUUAAAACUGUAAUAAGAAUAGCAGUGAUCCGUUAGGUGUCAUUUUGGGUACAAUAGGUCAGUAUAAAUGUACAUAUUUACUUGUCGAACAUGAGUUGUAUAGAAGAUAGAACUACAUUGUCAGCUUUGUAUAAAUUAUUUCUCCCUUUGAAUGCUUUUUAAUGUAUUUAUCAAAUCUUAUGUUUUGAGUAGGCUACCUGGCCUUUGAAUUUUCCAAUAAAUACCUUUG